UACAGGCAACAAUGCGACAGCAACACCGCAUGAUCUCGGAGAUCGCAUUGGACCUCAUCAAUUGCCCAGACGCGCCAAAAACCUUGAGAAUACAAGAAUAGAACGACAAUGAUAUUCAAGAUGUAAUUAGUGACUGCAAGAGUGCACGCCAUUCACGUGAUCCGAUAUCUGCGCCAAAAACGCGUGCGGCGUGUCGCGUCUACCCAAUCCAAGAACCUUCAUUCCGCCCACCAUAUUAUUCCUCUCUCCCAGCCUCCCCACCACCAAAUCCCUCCUCACACCCUCUCGAUCCCCCCAAUUCACAAACCCCCCCAUCCUCCAACCCCACCAUCUACCCACCCCAAUGGCAUCCAACACACCCUUCCCACCGCGCAGCAGCGUCGGCUUCGGCCGCGGGGCCAUCGCAUCCGGCUCGCAGCAACCCCAGCAAUCCCACACCCUCGGCGCGGCGGCGGCACAGCAGCAGCGGGAGCGGGAACGAGUGGAGCGCGAGCGAUUGGAGAGGGAGAGGCUGGAGCGGGAGAAGGCGAGUCAGCAGGUGCAGUUUGGGGAUUUGAGCGAGGAGCAGAGGGAGGAGGUUCAGGAGGCGUUCAAUUUGUUCGAUAUGGAUCGGGAUGGACAUCUAGACUACCACGAAUUGAAAGUUGCGAUGAAGGCACUUGGGUUCGAUUUACCGAAAAACGAGAUCCAGCAAAUCCUCACGACGCGCGGCAUCCCCACCCAAAACCUCAAAACCUCCUCCAAAGUCCCCCAAACCGCCCCCCCCUCCCUCGUCGGCACCAACAAGCUCCUCCUUCCGCGCCCGACCUUCGAAACCCUCAUGGCCUCCAUGAUCCUCAACCGCGAUCCUCGCGACGAGAUCCUGCGCGCCUUCGACCUGUUCGACGAGAAUCGGACGGGGAAGAUCGGGCUGGACGAUUUAAGAAGGGUGGCAAGGGAGUUGGGCGAGCAGUUGAGCGAGGAGGACUUGGCGGCCAUGAUCGAUGAGUUUGAUUUGGAUGGGGAUGGGAUGAUUGAUCGGGAUGAGUUUGUGGGGAUUUGUUUGGGGUAGGGAGGGGGGCGAAAAGGGAUAAUGAAUGAGGUGUUGGGCUGAAUCCUGGGUACGUAAGGGUUUGGGGCGGUUUGGGGCGGUUUGGGGCGGUUUUUUGAUGAUUGAUGACUUGUUCGGCGUUCGUGUCUGAUCAGGUUAUGGUGGCUAAGCAUUGCUGGCGUCGGCGGUGAGGUGGUCUAUCGAUAUCUCUGACCGAGUAUACACUUUUCCAUAUUAUGCAAUUGGAACUUUCCAUUCAAGGCUCCCAUGGACGCCGGCCAUACAUGUGCCA